AUGGUGAAGAUCUGCUGCAUCGGAGCUGGCUAUGUCGGCGGCCCAACAAUGGCUGUCAUUGCCGUCAAGUGCCCAGCAAUUGAGGUUGUUGUUGUUGACAUCUCCAAGCCUCGCAUUGACGCUUGGAACAGCGACAAACUCCCGAUCUACGAGCCUGGCCUUGACGAGGUUGUCAAGGCGUGCAGGGGCAAGAACCUCUUCUUCAGCACUGAUGUCGAGAAGCACGUUGCUGAGGCCGACAUCAUCUUUGUCUCAGUGAACACCCCCACCAAGACCCGUGGUCUGGGAGCCGGCAAGGCUGCCGACCUCACCUACUGGGAGAGCGCUGCCCGUAUGAUCGCCGACGUGUCCAAGUCUGACAAGAUCGUCGUUGAGAAGUCCACUGUCCCUGUCAAGACCGCAGAGGCCAUCGAGAAGAUCUUGACCCACAACAGCAAGGGCAUCAACUACCAGAUCCUCUCCAACCCGGAGUUCCUGGCCGAGGGCACAGCUAUCGAGGACCUGUUCAAGCCUGACAGAGUGCUUAUCGGUGGCCGGGAGACCCCCGAGGGCAGGAAGGCGGUUCAGGCUCUCAAGGAGGUGUACGCCCACUGGGUUCCUGAGGAGAACAUCAUCACCACCAACCUGUGGUCUGCUGAGCUCUCCAAGCUCGCUGCCAACGCUUUCUUGGCCCAGAGGAUCUCCUCCGUGAAUGCCAUGUCCGCGCUCUGCGAAGCCACCGGCGCCAACGUGUCCGAGGUGUCUUACGCCAUCGGUAAGGAUUCCAGGAUCGGCCCCAAGUUCCUGAACGCCAGCGUUGGGUUUGGCGGGUCCUGUUUCCAGAAGGACAUCUUGAACCUGGUGUACAUCUGCGAGUGCAACGGCCUCCCGGAGGUGGCCAAUUACUGGAAGCAGGUGAUCAAGAUCAAUGACUACCAGAAGAGCAGGUUCGUCAACCGUGUCGUGUCCUCCAUGUUCAACACCGUCUCCGGCAAGAAGGUCGCCAUCCUCGGGUUUGCCUUCAAGAAGGACACCGGUGACACCAGGGAGACCCCGGCGAUCGACGUGUGCAAGGGCCUGCUGGGUGACAAGGCCCAUGUCAGCAUCUACGAUCCCGAGGUCACUGAGGACCAGAUCCAGCGGGACCUUGCCAUGAACAAGUUCGACUGGGACCACCCCAUGCACCUGCAGCCGGCGAGCCCAUCGGCUAUAAAGCAGGUGAGCGUGGUGUGGGACGCGUACGAGGCCACCAAGGGAGCCCACGCCGUGUGCAUCCUGACCGAGUGGAACCAGUUCAAGGAGCUGGACUACCAGAAGAUCUUCGACAACAUGCAGAAGCCGGCCUUCAUCUUCGACGGGCGCAAUGUCGUCGACGCCGAGAAGCUCAGGGGGAUCGGCUUCAUCGUCUACUCCAUCGGCAAGCCGCUCGAUGCGUGGCUCAAGGACAUGCCCGCGAUCGCCUAG